AUGAUAGAAGCAAUUCCAGAUGCUGAUGAAAUUAAGAAGACUUUAUUUGAUAUGGACCAAGACAGUGCUCCUGGUCCUGAUGGUUUUUCAGGAAGUUUUUACAGAGCAUGCUGGAAUGUGAUACAUCACGAUGUUGUGGAUGCCAUUCAAUUCUGUUGGAGUAGAAGAUUCAUCCCAAAAGGAAUGAGUUCUAACUUCUUAGUACUUAUUCCAAAAAUUGAAGGAGCAAGGAAUCCAAAACAAUUUAGACCAAUUGGUCUUAGUAAUGUCAGCUUCAAAAUCUUCACAAAAUUUUUGGCAACAAGAAUGGGGAAAUUGAUGCACAAGUUAGUAUCACCUCAACAAGUUUCUUAUGUGAAAGGCAGAUGCAUCCAUGAUCAAAUUUUAUUAGCUUCUGAAUUGGUAAAUGAGAUGAAUAAAAAAAGAAGAUGUAGAAAUGUAGCUUUAAAGCUUGAUAUAUCUCAAGCUUAUGAUUCAGUUAGCUGGGAAUUCUUAUUUCAGAGUAAAAGUAUCUAUUAUAUGGCUAAUGGUAUAAAUGAUGCAAAGAAAGUUGGCAACUUGGAAAGUAUUCCUGUCUAUAAUAUGGCAGUUUACAAAUGGCCUGCAUCAGUCAUAAAAACCUGUGAAAGAAUAAUGAGAAACUUUCUCUGGUCAGGAGAUGGAGAAACAAGGCAAUAUAAUACAUUUUCUUGGAAAAGAGUUUGCACUCCCUUAAGUGAAGGUGGUUUAGGAAUUUCAAGACUUGUUGUCAUUAACAAAGCUUUUCUUAUGAAAAUGAUGUGGAAAAUCAAUAAUUCAAAAGAAGAUUGGGCUUUAUUCUUUCAAGCAAAGUACAAAGAUAAAAAUGGCCAAUGGGAAACUAAAUGGCAGAAAUCUAUAGUUUGGUCAGGCUUAAAAUGGGCUUGGGAUGCUCUUAAAGAAGACACAAGAUGGAUCAUUGGAAAUGGAGAAAGAAUAUCUGUCUCGUUUGAUUCUUGGAUAGGAGAUAACACUUUGUUUGGCAAUUUUGAACAUAAUAGCUUUUUAGCUGAGAAUAUCAAAUUGAAGGUGUCAGAUUUAUUGUCAAAUGGUGUGUGGUCUUUUAAUAAUGAAUUUCAACUGAUUUUUCAGAAUCUUCUUCUGCCUGAAGUCCUUGGAGGAGAAGAUGUGCUUCUAUGGACAAGAAAUUUAAAGGGAGACUUAUCAAUUCCUGAGGCUGUGAACAAAUUAAGACACAAAGAACAGUUUGUUAACUGGUCAAGGUAUUUAUGGAAACCUUUUCUUCACCCUUCUAUUGCCAGCAAUGUGUGGAAACUGAUUGAAGGUAUAUACAAUGAUGAUAAGAAAAUGAUACAUAAUGGAUGUGAGAUGGUCUCAAGAUGCUGCAUCUGUGAAGCUGAACAGGACAGUAUAAAUCACUUUCUCUGGGAGUGCAACUUUAGUAUUGAAGUUUGGAAAUGGAUAUGUUCCAUAUUUCAGUUCAAACUGCCAAACUAUUUUGAUUAUAUAUGGAAGUUGUCCUCAAAGAAAAGUCCACUGGUGAAACAAGUUUGGAUAUCUGCAGCUUGUAUCAUUCUAAAAGAGUUGUGGUUUCAGAAGAAUAAAAAAUUCUUUGAAAACAUAAAGCCUAAUAUGCAGAGAUUCAAAUGCAGAAUUAUGCAACUGAUAAUGGUGACUUCCAGCAGCGGUGACUAUGAUUAUGAUUCUUCUUCUAGCUCUUGUGAAGAGGAUUCCAAGAUUUCUGCGGCCAAAGCACGUGCCAAGACGGAUCAUGCUAAGAAGAUAGUAAAUAACAUGCCUCUCAAUGAUCUAAAAGUUUCUCGUGAUGAGCUCUUGAAGAGGAAAUCCAGGGAGGAGAUAAUAGUUGAUUAUCGGGAGAAAAGGCGUAGAAUACAGCGAAAAAUACUAGAAGCUGAGGAGAAACUCGGAUCUCGUCCUGAUGGUGUAACCUCAGACUCAGAUGCUGAAGAAGAGGAACCCGUGUGA